CGGUAUUUGGGGUCUCUCUCUCUCUCUGUUCCUCUGUCAGUGUAUAGAUCACAAUCACAUAUGGCGAUGGCAACAGAGGAAUCAUCGCAAUCAGAACAGUCGAAGUGGGAAGGCAAGCUUUGCGCAGAGAUAAAAGGUGCAACCGCAGACCAAGUUUGGCCUCUGUUAGAGGACUUCUUCAACCUCCACAAGUGGUUCCCUGGCAUCGACACUUGUAAGGCGUUGGAGGGUGUCUCUGGGCAGUCGGGCUGCAUCCGCUACUGCGCCAAAACAAUAUCAACAACAUCAGCCCCUGCGUCGGAGUCGGAAGAGAAGAAGAUGGAGACGACGAUGUGGGCGAAGGAGAGACUCGUAGCCAUCGACCCUGUAGAACGUUGGUUGAGUUACGAGGUCACUGAAAACAAUAUUGGGAUGAAGUCUUACAUGGCCACCAUGAAGGUUCUUCAACUCUCGAAGUCGGCCAAAGAAGAAGGUUGUCAGAUCGAGUGGUCAUUCGUUGCUGAUCCUGUUGAAAGCUUGACUUUUGAGGGGUUCCUCUCCAAUUUCGAAUCCAUCCUCCAAGGCAUGGCCCAGAGAAUGGAAGAAGCUCUCUGCCCUACUCCAACCUCUCUCUGAGCAUA